AUGGCUGCUGGACGAUUGCCCGCUUGUGUCAUUGACUGUGGAACGGGGUACACGAAACUUGGUUAUGCAGGAAAUUCUGAACCACAGUUUAUUAUUCCCUCAGCAAUAGCAAUACGAGAGAAGAUGGGUUCUCAGUCAUCAGCAUUGCGAUGGAAUGCAAAUACUAGUUCACGGAUUGAAGAUCUUGACUUUUACAUUGGCGAUGAGGCUCUUUCACCGAGUGCCGCUAAUUAUGCUGUCAAAUAUCCAAUUCGUCAUGGAAUUGUGGAAGAUUGGGAUUUAAUGGAACGAUUUUUGGAACAAUGUAUUUUCAAGUAUCUGCGAGCUGAACCAGAAGAUCAUUAUUUUCUGUUGACAGAACCACCUUUAAAUACGCCAGAAAAUCGUGAAUAUACAGCUGAAAUUAUGUUUGAAUCAUUCAACGUACCUGGUUUGUACAUUGCCGUACAGGCUGUACUAGCACUUGCGGCUCCCUGGCAAAGCCGAGAUUUAUUGCACCGUCCAUUGACAGGAUUGGUCGUUGAUAGCGGUGAUGGUGUAACACAUUGUAUCCCUGUUGCGGAAGGUUAUGUAAUCGGUUCAUGUAUUAAACAUAUACCUAUUGCUGGAAGAGAUAUUACCUAUUUCAUACAGCAAUUACUUCGAGAACGCGAAAAUACAGUGCCGUCGGAUCAAAGUUAUGAAGUUGCGAAAUCGAUUAAAGAAAAAUAUUGCUAUGUUUGUCCGGACAUUUUGCGGGAAUUUAUAAAAUAUGACACGGAUGGAGCAAAAUGGUUCAAAACAUACGAUGGAAUAAAUAGCAUAACCAAAAAAUCAUUCACGGUUGAUGUGGGAUAUGAACGAUUUCUCGGUCCAGAAAUUUUUUUCCAUCCGGAAUUUGCCAAUCCAGAUUUCACAGUGCCAAUCUCUGAAAUUGUGGAUACCGUAAUUCAACAAUGUCCAAUUGAUGUACGCCGUGGUCUCUAUGAGAAUAUCGUUCUUUCCGGCGGUUCGACAAUGUUCAAAGAUUUCGCGCGACGUAUGCAGCGUGAUAUCAAGCGAAUUUCCAAUGCUCGUUUAGCGUUAAGCGAGGAAUUAUCGGGUGGACGGCUAACGCCUAAACCAAUCGAUGUGCAGGUCGUAUCUCAUAAAAUGCAGCGAUAUGCGGUAUGGUUUGGUGGUAGUACUCUUGCAGAUACGCCUGAAUUCUACAAAGUGGCACAUACGAAAGCGGAAUACAUGGAGAAAGGACCGAGCAUCUGUCGUUACAAUCCCGUAUUCGGCGCACUUACUUGA